UGGCAUCAUUAAACCGUUAACCGUCGAACAGUCUACAGCCCAAGAGUGGUACGGAACGUGUAGACCAAUAGUGAUCCCAAGUAACCAUCCCUCGACUCAAACGGGAUCAGUUCUCGCAGACCGCGGGCCAAUCGCGUGCCACACGACCAGGGAAAACGGAUUUCCAUUCCCGUCCAUCGAAGGAUACACGUAGAAGCAUGAAGUUAAUGCGCACAGCGACAUCGCUGGCCCUGGUCCUGCUCCUGGCCACCAGCUACGUCCGGGCUGAGGACGAGAAGGCUGCCGCCCCGGCCGAAGAGAAAAAGGUCGAGCCAGAAGCCAAGGCAGCGACCAGCGAGGACACCACCAAAUCCAAGCGCGGUCUGCACCACUACGAGGACUACCACCACCACCAUGUGCCCCACUUCCCAGUGCACGAGGAAAAGACACUGACAGUGAUCAAGAAGGUCCCAGUGCCAGUGCCCAUCGAGAAGAUUGUGCACGUGCCCGUUGAGAAACACAUCCAUGUGCCCGUGAAGGUCAAGGUACCAAAGCCCUACCCCGUGAUCAAGCACGUGCCCUAUGAGGUCAAAGAGAUUGUCAAAGUGCCCUACGAAGUGCCAGCUCCCUAUCCCGUCGAAAAGAAGGUUCCAGUACCCGUCCAUGUGCCCUACGAUCGUCCCGUUCCCGUAAAGGUCCAUGUGCCCGCUCCUUACCCGGUUGAGAAAAAGGUCCAUGUGCCAGUCAAGGUCCAUGUCCCAGCACCCUAUCCAGUGGAGAAGGUUGUCCACUACAACGUGGAGAAGCACGUGCAUGUCGACAAGCCCUAUCCCGUCGAGAAGGUUGUCCACUAUCCCGUGAAAGUGCCCGUUGAGAAGCCAGUGCCCCACUACGUGGACAAACCAGUGCCCCACUAUGUGGACAAGCCAGUGCCAGUACCCGUGAUUAAGAAGGUGCCCGUGCCCGUCCAUGUGCCGUAUGACCGCCCCGUGCCCGUGCACGUUGACAAGCCUGUGCCGUACGAGGUCAAGGUUCAUGUGCCCGCCCCCUACCCGGUGAUCAAGGAGGUGCCAGUCAAGGUGGAGAAACACGUUCCGUACCCCGUGAAGAUCCCCGUGGAGAAGCCCGUCCAUGUCCACAUCGAGAAGCACGUGCCGGAGUACCACGAGAAGCACAUCAGCUACAAGGAGCCGGAGUUCAUCCACAAGCACAUCGAGGAGGACCACCACCACGCCCCCAUCCACCACUCGCAUCACUCGCACCCCAUCGUGGAGCACGAGCACGAGGUGGAGCAUGAUUUUGCCUCUCAUGAUUAUCAUUCAUAUCACGGCUACUAAAUUGGUGAACUGAUCUCUUCUCUCUCUCUCUCUUUCUCGCUUUCGCUUUUCUUUGCAGCAUUGAGAAUGACCUGGGAUGGCCAAACCAAAAGUUUCCAUUUCCACAUUAUUCCCAAAAACUAAAAGAAACCCGAACAUUGAGAACACCAUAAACCAAACACCAUAAACCAUAACCCGAUCAUAUCAUACCACUCCACUCGAAUAACAAUACCAUAUCCCCACAAUGCAAUGCAGAUCGUGAUAAAUGACAGAGAUUCAGAGAAACCAGACGAGAGACAGACGAACACUUAGCUUUUAGACCGAAAUCUCUUCUAGCCGUAAGCCAUAAAACAUAAAACCUAAAAAAAUUAAACACAAAACACACACUAACGGAUACCCUGAAAAACGUUGACGAACACCCGUGAGCUAUGUGAAUGAGUGAAUUGUAAAGGAACUUUAGUUAAGACUUCUAAGCGACACAUUUGGGCAUGACCCACACAACAACAACAACAACUAGGGAUGAUUCAGGUCAAGAUCAAGAUCCGAACACCAACCCACUCCCAUUCAACACCACCACCAAGACACACCAUGGAAACCAGUGGAUUGAUGGAUGGAUGGAUGAAAGGAAGGAAGGAAGCGAUCGACAUUUGACCACCAACAUCAUAAUCAUCGCCUGGGUGCAUCAUCGAUGUGGUUGCCGCUGCUGUUUUGUCCUCCAGCCGCGGCUCCUCCCUCUUCUGCUCUGGUCCACCCCGACUCGUGCACCCAUCGACUCUGGAACACCCCCGAUGUCCGGAGUCCUUCGUCCAGUUGUGUGCAGCGCCCCAGCGAUGUGAGCGUGUGAUAAGACUUCUGAUAGCGUUUAAGCUUGUGCGAUAUUCGAGAUAGGAGACGCCUAUUUAAGUCAGUUUGUAAUCGAACGUAUUGUAUUAGUUUUGUAAUAUUCAUUGCUACCUAGUUUUAAAUCAUCUUAUGUAACAUUGUUUACUCGUAGGAAAGCAGAAGAAACGGAUUUAUAAAAAGUACUUAAUUUACCAAAUAUUUUUCCAACUCUGUAUAAAAUCGAAAAACGAAAAUCUCAUACAAAAUGAAGCUGAUGAACGAUACACAAAUAAAUCAAUGAAAAUCAAGUGAUCAAAACAA